CGCACUAUUUGAAGGGGUAGGCCACCUUUUUCAGUCUUUAUUGAUUCCUUUCCAACGAACAGAGAAAUGGAUGAACUGCAACGACGGACGAACCACUGCGACCACUGUGGCAUCUUCGCCACCUAUGUUCAGCAUCUACACGGAGCGAUUGCGGAAAAAGAUAAGCAAGUGUUAUCACUUGCCGCAAGACACAGGCGCUCUGAAGUCAACCUCCAAAUGUCGCGACUGGACCUCUACAAAAGCAAGACCGCUAUGCUGGAAACACUCCAAAAACUUGAGGUCCAGAUCAGAGAAAUGCAACAGAGCAUCAAUCAACUGGCCAACGAGAGCAAGGAGAAGGACGAGACCAUUAACAGGCUCGAAUGUGCCUUCACUCUCCUGUACGAGUUGCCGCGAGGGGGAGUCACUCGGGAAGCGUAGGAGGGAACGGCGAAUUUUUGGUGCAUAGGUUCUGGCCAUUAACCACAUAUUUCAUUGAACAAAUAUCUCCUUGUUAGUGUUUGCAAGCUUAAUUGCGUGGCGUGCCCGUUAAAACAGAG